ACUGUCAGCAUCUGUGAUUGCUGCCCAACAAUCUCCGUUGACCAACAGCUGAUGCCAGUGUUUCACAGAAAAACCUACAAAUCGUUAAAAGCGCCGCUAAUGUAAUCGAUCAUUUGCAGGUGGCUCUCAUCGUCAACGAUGCUUCGAGGAAUCACACAUGUUCCAUACAUGUGAAGUGCCUCGUCCGUGCUACAAGUGAUUUGAUUCUUUGUUGGGUUUAACUUGGGAUUGAUCCCUUUCUGGGGAUUCCCAAUCGAGUAAAGUGGAAAGUUCUGACGUCUUUGUUGACGCGGUUAUCGCUUCCAUGUCAGCUGCUCACUGUUCUUGGAAUUACUUGGAUUUUAUCGGCGAUGUCAUCAUCGACGUAACAAUACUUCCAAGGAAACUCACAACGGAUGUUUAGUUGGUGAUUUCGGCAACGACAGUUGUUUGUGGGCUGACGCAGGAGGAAGGAAACAAGUUUAAAAGUAACAGCGAGUGUUCUGAUGAACUCCGAAACAUAUUUAUCGGAUCAAAUUUAAUUUUAGGAGAUUGAAAUAAAUCUGAAAGGAUACUAAUCAGAAUAAUAGAAAGGAGGCAGUCAGUGCGAGUGGAAAUUUGACCGGACUGUUGGUUCAGAUAUUAACUACUUCAGGUGUCAAAAACAAGAACGAAAGAACGGGGGAAACAAAACAGUAUGCAGAAUGGAAUUUGCUGGAUAAGCAUACGACUUUGGAUGUUGGAUUCAAACAUUCCACUCUGAUUUCAAGUUGGAUUGGAACUAGCUAUUCUAAACUGGAUGUUGGAUUAUCCGUUCACCUGAUGUUGGAUUAGAACUAAUUGCUAUCUUACUUGCUAUAUUGGAUUGAAUUAAAACUUGCUAUUUCAGGUUGGAAGUUGGAUUAAAACUUGCGAUUCCUAGUUGGAAGUUGUGUCAAAACAUGAUUGCUGUUUGGAAGUUGGAUUAAAACAUGCUCUUUCUGAUUGAAUUUCUGAUGAGACAUCAUAUUGAUAUUGGAUAUUGGUUCAGCUCGUGUUUGUCGAAAUGAGAUACAGAUUGAAGGAGUAACGUUUUAUGAGGAUUAGGGGUGCAGCCUCAGUUGGUGUCGAUUACAUGCAACCCAUCUUGUGAAAUACAGUGGCAAUCAUGCUGAUAGAAGUCGAGGACGGAAGCAUGAACGGCUCAGGCCAGGCUAACGGGACGGAGAUGCCUAAUAUGGUAUUGCCCUACCAUGACUAUUAUGGAUACGUCUACUUCUGUGGUCCGUUGUGCGUCCUUGGAUUCAUUACAAACUUCUUGUGCAUUGCCGUUCUCAGUCAUGAUAAGUCUAAAGUAUCAACAUCGUUUUUUCUGCAAAUGCUAGCACUUGCUGACAAUGGAUUGCUAGCUGCGAUGUUCUUUACAAAGGUUCUCAUGACGGCAUCAGCAUAUCAUCCAGACAAUUCAAGCCUUGCUGCAUACUUUCAAUUCCUCACCCGCACAAUGUACCUUUCAAAUGGAUUAACUGAGAUUUUCAAAAUGUAUGCCGUAUUAAUGGUAGUAUUAGUGACAGUGGAUCGUUGCAUUGCGAUAUAUUUCCCACUGCAGGCAUCAAGACUUUGUAACCUUAAAACAGCAACUUUUGAAGUCUGUGGAUUACUUGUGUAUGUUGUGAUAUUCAAUAUGCCCCGUUUCUUCGAAAUGCGUGUCAUUCAAGUAUACUCUAAUAUCACAAAUACGACAUCAUAUACUUUUGAGCCCUCCGAUAUGAUGAACAAUCAUAACUAUAACGUAAUUUACAACACCGUGGAUAGUUUACUGAACCUGAUCAUUCCCGUCCUGGGGGUAUUCAUCAUGAAUAUUGCCCUAAUUGUGCGUCUGACGAACGCGCGGAAAUCCCGCAUGAUGAUGACAAACGCGUCCAACCGUAACAGUCAUUCUGGAAUAACGUUGAACUUAGUUAGUGUCGUUUCGAUGUUUGUUGUUUGUGAGACACCGAUUGCCAUCACAACGAUAUUACUCGCCAAGGACAUGUAUCAGGGGACGCAGUCUUUCGACAUGAUUCUUGCCCACACUGUCUCCGACUGUUUCCAGGUCUUCAAUUCGUUCAGCAAUUUCUUCAUCUACUGUCUCGUCGGGCGGAAAUUCCGGAGGAUCCUCUGCGACGAGAUCUGCUGCCUGAAGAAGGCUCGGCACCUGCGGAUGAGCUCAUGGAGCAGAAUUACUGCGGAGGAGCACAAAUCUGGCAUGAGGUCACCACGGUUACGACACAUUAAUGGAGGAGCAUCUGGAUACACAACGGCGACAUCUAUAAUGGACGAAAAUAGUAUCAUUAUUCCUAAAUUUUGUGUCAAUAACAUUGGAUACACCGAACCACAUGAAAAGGCACAAAUCGAAAGUGAAGAAAAGGACUUCUAUAUAUCGCCAACACCUUGUAUACAAAUGGAGGAGUUGAAGCAAGAGACAAUAUAGAUGUAUAUAUCAGGUUCCGAACUGUCAAGUAUUUGGUACGUGGGCGACUGAAUCAAGUUUGAAAAUGAGCAUGCUAUAUCUCCCGGAAGUAGAGUCUAUUGGUCAUAUUCCUUUGUUACUAAAGGGUAUUUCAUUUCAUUUUGUUGCCUGUGUUUUUGCUUUGAUUUUGUCUCCUUUUUCAGGUCUAUAUAUUUCUUGGAAGUGAAGAGAGGAAUGUGAUUUUUUGUGCUUCUUUGUUGAAACUUCCUGAAAGCCCACCACUAGUCUCAGUGGUUUGGGGAGGGAUGAGGCCAGUCCAUUGUGCAAGUGAAUUCGAACACCUCGAACUUGAACAAAUUCUUUGAUUAUCCUCAAAUGGCCAUAUAUCAUGCAUGGCUCGCAUCAAUUGUUUUAUUUCAAUUUGUGUUGUUGUAUGUAUUUAUAACCAUACUAGUUAUAUCAAGGAUCAAUAAAAACUAUUAUUUAUCAAUUCUUGGUAAUACGGAUACCGCGUGUACGUAAUUAAUAUUGUUGAUUUUUCUACACCACCAUUUUGCAAUAAUUGCAGCGGGAAAAAAACAACACAUUAUGAACCUGGUGUGACAGUACUCACUGUCCCCCUUGUAACAGAUUCAUAACUUAUUGUUCCAUAACAAAAGGUGAUUUGCCCAUGAGACGUACAUGUAUUGUCGCUGACUAAGAUGUUACAAUUACACGGUUUAUAUCGGAUGGCUGAAAAUGAAAUUUUAAUUGUUAACCGGGUAUGCCGUUUGUAAUUACUGGUGGUCCAGGAAAAUAGAAAUGCAGUUAUACACAAUGCCCUGGUGCAGUUAUGAAACUUAACUAAAACUUGGUGUUUAUAGUGUUAGUAUAUCUGUUUACGGAACAGCAAUGUUGAAAUUAAUAUUCAGAGCGCUUUUGGGACCAUGAGUUUGCAGCUUGUGCAAAUGGGUCUCGGAGUUCUGCUUGGAAUAUAGAAUUGUCUUUCUAUGAAUCAUUCACUGGGUGUCAUUUUCAUCUCCAUGGAUAUCAUCAUUAGCAGUCUUCAUUUUCAUAUUCAGUUCUUAUCAUCUCUUCCUUCAUUGUCACCCAUCCUCAUCCAUCAGGGUUUAUACUGAUGAAACCCAAAACUAACCAAAACGAAUUGAAAUUGUCGAAACAAAUUAGUUCAUGCUGAAGUUAUAGUAAUGUCUUCUACAAUUCGUUUAACCUGUUUAUUUGCCUGACUGUAAUGAGAGUAUAUGCACAGUCAUGCAGUGUUCUGGGUGACACCAGCUUUCAUAAAUGAGAAGACUCCUUAGGGCUGCUUGUUAAGUGGGGAGCAUUUCACACCUGACAUGCCAGAUAUCUCUUGGUGAUUGGUAUCAUUUACUAACAUGGGCUUGUUGUUCUUGGGGGAAAUAAUCAUCAAAUUUGUCAUCCACCAUUAAUCACUGAUUCCCCUGUACGACUCAUCUCAUCCACCACCAUGCCCCUGAUCAGUCUGGCUAGGAUCCUCAAUCGACGGAUGACAGCCCGAUCCAACUUUCAUUGUAUUUCAAACAGGUUGUGUUUUGAUCAACCCAAAUCAUUUUUCUUCACAAGGAAUCAUGACCCUCAUGGUGUUUUCCCCUUUUAAUGUAGGCGGGGAAAAUCCUUGGUGGUCAAGAUGUCAUUAGAUACCCUUUGCACGAUCCUAAGUAUAGUGUCAUUUUUCAUUGGUCUUCACUCACUUCUGUCAAAAGUAAACAUGUUUCAUUAUUCAUUUAUCAUUUAUUUCCUCCAUUAUUGAAUCAAAUGCCCAGCAGGCAUUAAAUGAAGUUGCCAAUAUGUGGCUUUAUCAUUUCAUAGUACAUCUGCACAGGUCACACUUGUGCAAGAAUCAUAUUAUCACACAGUCAAACAUGACCAGUUCCCCAAAUAAAAUUCCGGUGUACGUUUCCUCCAUGGUCUUCAUGGUUGAAAGCAGUAUUUAGCAAUUUGAAUUUAUCGUUUUGUCUGGUCAUAUAGACAUAUGAAAUGCACAGCACAGCACAACAACAACCUGUAGGUGAUGGGGACAUAUGUGACAUGAUGUGCACAGUACGUCCUCUGCAGCAAAAGUGUCAAAGAGACAGAGAUUUCUGUGUUUAAAACUUCAUGUAUUAUUAAAUACUGUAUAGUCAAAAAUGUAUCAUGACUAGAAAUAAAAGAU